AGUACCAAAACCGUCACUGAGACAUAAAAGAUAAAUCAAAAUUCGAAAUCUCUCAGAUCAUCGUUAAAUUCAAGUUUAGAGCGUUUUCUUUGUCCGAUCAAUCAAUCGUUGGGGAUCGCCAUGGCUGAGGAGGUGAAGAACGUGACUGAGCCCGAGGCGCCAAAAGUAGCGACGGAAGAGUCAUCGGCGGCCGGAGAGGUCAAGGAUCGGGGAUUGUUCGACUUCAUGGGGAAGAAGGAGGAAGCGAAGCCUGAGGAGGCGAUCGCUACGGAGUUCGAUCACAAGGUUCACGUCUCGGAGCCGGCGCCGGAAACGAAGCACGAAGAGGAGGAGAAGCCUAGUCUCCUGGAGAAACUUCAUCGAACAAGCAGCUCUUCUAGUUCCUCGAGCGAGGAAGAAGACGAGAAUGGGGAGAAGAGGAAGAAGAAGAAGGAGAAGAAGAAGACUGAAGGAGAGGGGAAAACAGAGGAGGAGAAGAAAGGGUUUAUAGAGAAGAUCAAGGAGAAGCUUCCUGGGCACAGCAAGAAACCGGAGGAUGCCUCAGCCGCGGUGCCUGCGCCUGCACCUGCACCUGCACCUGCACCUGCACCUGCGGCGGAAGAGAAGGUGGAGCAUCCGGCGGAGAAGAAGGGACUUCUGGAGAAGAUCAAGGAGAAGAUUCCUGGCUACCAUUCCAAGAGUGGAGAAGAGGGGAAGAAGGAAAAGGAGUCUGAUUAAAGGUGGUGAUGAAGGGGAUUUCUGCUAUGCUUUUUUUUUUUUGUGAUAAAAGUGAUUAUGCGCUGGUGGUGAUGAUGAUCUUUUGUCUGUGUUGUGGAAGUUUGUCGUCGGCCUUGGGUUUGUGUAUUUGGUGAUCACCUUUAUGUAUUUGUUGUGUAUUUGGCUGAUACAAAGUUUGUAUUUUGUUUGUUUUA